CACAACAACACGGACACGCCGCAGCCGCCAUUAUUUUCGACUACCAUCGCCCGCCGAUGUCAUAUCGCUAGUAUCCUCUCUGCGUGCCUGAUUAUUUGAAAAUUUUUUCUCCUGCCGACCAGCCGUCCAUCUCCGAAAAUUGAAAAUGACGGGCGAUUGGAAUUACGAAUUGAACGAUUUAGUUUGGGCCAAGAUGAAGGGUUUCCCGCCAUGGCCAGGACGCGUGAGCGAGCCGACUGUACAACUCAUGAAGAAACCAAAAAAGAAUUGCAAAUGUAUUUUCUUCUUUGGAACUAAUAAUUAUGCCUGGAUUGAAGUCGGAUGUUUAAAACCAUACUUUCAGUUUAAAGACACAUUGACUUAUAGUUGUAAGACUACACAUUUCCGAGAUGCUGUUAAGGCAAUUGAAGAGCAUAUUGAAGAAAAUGGCACCGAACAAAGAGUAAAUAAUGGAUUAUCUGAGGCUGAUUCAAGAUUUGAAAAUUUAGUUAAAAACGAAACUCCAGCCCUUCAACCAGAGAGAUCUGUAAAUUCAAACAUACGCAAUGCAUCAACACCACUACCUGAAAAAGCUAAGAAAAGGCAUUCCAAACCAGUUGAAUCUACCUCUAAUGGGCCUAAGAAAGAAAAACCUAAAAAACCCCGUUUAAAUAAUAGAGCUGGUGGAUCUGAAGAUAAUAAUACAGAUAUACUUACAAAUCUUGGGUUAAUGAACAAUCAUACAAGUCCGCUUCGGAGGAAUAAUACUCUAUUAGACAGACCUGAAGUAACCACUCCGGAACUCCCCCCAUUAGAUAUAACAACAAUAUCCAAGGCUUUAUUGGCAAAGAAUAUUACACCAUCUCCUUUGAAAUUUGGAUUCCUUGGUUUGGGAAAUAUGGGAUCAGGAAUUGUCAAAAACCUAUUAAAUUCUGGGCAUCAUGUGAUCAUUUGGAAUAGAAGUCCAGACAAGUGUCAAAAGUUUGUAGAAGCAGGAGCCAAAGUUGCAUUAACUCCAUCAGAUGUUAUAGGAGAUGCAGAUAUAAUAUUUUCUUGUGUUUCUGAUCCACAAGUUGCUAAAGAUAUGGUAUUUGGGAAUUGUGGUGUACUUCCCGAAAUAAAUAAAACCAAAGGAUAUGUUGAAAUGACUGGUAUUGAUCCAGAAACAUCUCAAGAUAUUUGUGAGGCUAUAUUGAGUAGAGGCGGGCGUUAUUUAGAAGCCAUGAUUCAAGGAAGUAAAUCAGAUGCAGAACAGGGGAAAUUAAUUUGUUUGACAGCUGGCGAUCAGCCUUUAUUCGCUGAUUGUAAAUCAGUGUUUUGUGCAAUUUCUGAUAAAUCAAUGUAUCUAGGUGAUGUUGGUGCAGCCACAAAAAUGAAUUUGAUUUUACAUUCUAUCAAAGCGGUAACUCUAGCAGGAUUAGCUGAAGGUAUGGCUCUGGCUGAUAGAGCUAUGAUACCGCAACAAUCUUUGCUAGAAAUUCUAGGACUGACUUCAUUAAGAUGUCCAUUGUUAGCAGAAAAAGGAGAAGCUAUGAUGAUGGGUAAUUUUCAAACUCAUCAAGCUUUAAAACAUAUUCAAAAGGACUUAAAUUUAUCAUUAAACUGGUCAGAUGUUUUGGAACAACCUUGUCCAGUUACGGCCAGCGUAAAUGAAGUAUUUAAACAUGCAAAACGUUUAGGUUACAGUGAUCAUGACACAAGUGCUUUUUUUAAGGCCUACUUAGCAGAUUGAAAUGAAUUUUUUCAUAUAACAAAUUAUUUUGUUGAAAAUAUAGAUGAAUAAUAACUAUUAUAUUUUACUUCAAAAAAA